UGUUUGACUCAUAAAAAACAAUUUGGACAAGUUUCAGUGUCUAACAGUUUUUCACUGUUCCUCAACCACUCCUACAUUACAAUGACUUACUACCAUAAGAAACGUUAUUGUGAUCUGCUCUUGAUCGUAAAAGCGUUUUUCUUGAUGAGUUUAAUUCGUUCCACGAGCUCUUCGGAUGACGCUGCGAUUCUGCUCCGAGUCAAGAACAGUCAACUCCAGGGAAAACUCGACGACUGGCUCGAGUCAACUCAGAACUCACCAUGCGACUGGACUGGCAUUUCUUGCGACCGACGGAGUAGCCAGGUAGUUGCUAUUGAUUUGUCGGGUUUUAACAUUUACGGCGCUUUUCCGGCGGAUUUUUGUCUGAUUUCCACCCUUCAAAAUCUCGACCUCUCCGAUAAUAAUCUCGGUGGGCGUAUUAGUUCUGAUUCUGUUUCUCUAUGUUCUCGUCUUGUUUCUCUCAACCUUUCGUCGAAUAAUUUUGUCGGCAACUUGCCUGAGUUUCCGGUGGAGUUUGUUAAUUUAACAACGUUGGAUCUUUCCUACAACAACUUUUCCGGUGAAAUUCCGGCGAGUUUUGUCAAUUUACGUAGACUCGAGUUUUUGUCGCUUGGUUCCAAUCUACUCAACGGGCCGAUUCCUGAGUUUUUGUCGGACUUAACUGAGUUAACUCAGUUAGUUCUUUCUGUUAAUCCUUUCCUCCCAAGUCCAGUGCCGGAUAAAAUCGGACAUCUAACGAAACUUGAGAACAUGAUGCUAUCAUUCUCGAACCUCGUCGGAGAAAUUCCUGAUUCUAUCGGGGAUCUCGUCUCUAUAAAAAACUUGGACUUAUCGCAGAACAAUCUCGUCGGAAGAAUCCCCGAAAGCAUUGGCAGGCUGAAAAAUGUGGAACAAAUUGAAUUGUUUCAUAACAAACUCUCCGGCGAAUUGCCGGACACAUUUUCCGAUCUUACUUCUUUGCUCCGUUUCGAUGCAUCGGAAAACAAUCUGACCGGAAAAAUACCCGAAACCCUGGCCGCUCUGCCGCUGGAAUCGUUGCAUCUCAACGACAAUCUCUUAGAAGGUGAAAUCCCAGAAAUUCUGUCUUCAAACUCAGUUCUUUAUAGUCUGAAGCUAUUCAACAACAAACUCACCGGAGCUCUGCCGGAAUCUUUGGGUAAGAAUUCGGAUUUGGAACUAUUUGAUGUCUCGAACAACAGUUUAGAAGGCCGGUUGCCUCGAAAUUUAUGUCACAGGAAAAAUCUUCAGAGUUUGAUAAUCUUUGGGAACAAAUUUUCCGGGGAAAUACCGAAUUCAUACGGCGAAUGCAUCACUUUAACGUACGUGCGCAUGCAAGAAAACGAACUCACCGGAGCAGUUCCCAACGGAAUAUGGAGUUUCGCCGGACUUCAACACCUCGAGCUGACGAGCAACAAACUAGAAGGUUCUAUUCCACCUUCGAUUUCAAGUGCAAAAGGCCUGGAACAGUUGUUGAUCUCCCAUAACAAAUUCUCCGGUGAGUUUCCGGCGGAAAUCUGCGAUUUGGAAGAGUUGAAAAAAAUCGAUUUGAGUGACAACCAUAUUUCUGGCGAGUUGCCUUCUUGUAUGAAUCGAUUGACCAAGUUACAGGAGCUCCACAUGCAAAGGAAUAGAUUCACCGGCGAAAUUCCGAAAGGAGUUGCCGCUUGGAGGGAGCUAACACAAUUGGAUUUAUCGGGGAAUCAAUUCUCCGGCGUCAUUCCGGCCGAUCUUGGUAGUUUGCCGGUGUUAACAUUCUUGAAUCUUUCCAACAAUUUGUUAUCUGGGGAAAUUCCGGCGGAGCUGACUAAUCUCAAAUUAAACGAGUUCAACAUCUCGAAUAAUAGGCUUAUCGGAGAAGUUCCACUUGGUUUCAACACCAAGUUUUUUCUCUCAAGUCUAAUGGGCAAUGCAGAUUUGUGCAGUGUAGAUCUUAAACCGCUUCCUCCGUGUUCGAGAUCUACUAAUCCGGCGUCAAGCUUGGUAUUAGUCGUAGUUCUAUCGACUCUUGCUUUCACACUCGUCGUUUCGCUUCUUUAUCUCUUUAUCAAAACCAAGAAAAUCAUCAACUUUGGUACGAGUAAAAGUAAACAGUCUUGGAAAAUCACGUCGUUUGCGAGAAUCGAGUUCAACCAAGAAGAUGUUUUAGCCUCACUGACAGACGAGAACCUUAUCGGGUCAGGCGGGUCGGGUCGGGUUUACCGGGUCGGUUUGAAGGGAGGGCAAGCGGUGGCCGUUAAGCGCCUCUGGGAGACAAGGGGGGACUCGUCUGCAGAAGUGUUCUGUUCCGAGAUUGAAACAUUGGGAAGAAUCAAGCACGUUAAUAUUAUUAGAUUGUUGUUUAGUUGCAUCAACGAGGAAUAUAAGGUGCUGGUGUACGAUUACAUGGAGAAUGGAAGUUUGGGGGAUGCUUUGUAUGGGGAUCGGAAAGGUGGGGUGUUGCUCGAUUGGCCCGAACGGUUCGAUAUUGCAAUCGGGGCGGCACGAGGGCUCGCAUAUUUGCACCAUGACUGUGUGCCCGCUAUUGUGCACCGGGAUUUUAAGUCCAAUAAUAUAUUAUUGGACGAGGAGUUGAGGCCCAAAGUAGCCGAUUUUGGCUUGGCCAAGGUAUUGAAGCACGACGACUUAGAGAAUCAAGUCAUGUCUCGUGUCGCCGGUUCUUAUGGAUAUAUUGCACCAGAAUACGGGUACACGAUGAAAGUGACUGAAAAGAGUGAUGUUUAUAGCUUCGGAAUAGUCUUGCUCGAAUUAAUUACCGGUAGAAGGCCAAACGAUUCCUUAUUCGGCGAGAACAAAAACAUUGUCGAGUGGGUGAAAGAGAUUGCAUUGUCGUCUGAAAGUGGAGACGAUAGUGGCAACGGGGAUAUGGCGUGUUUGGACGAGUUAUUAGACGUUCGAAUGAACAAAGACACAAUCAAAUAUGGGGAGGUGGAGAAGGUUUUGAAUGUGGCUCUAUUAUGCACUGCUGAAUUGCCCACGAGCAGGCCAUCCAUGAACAGAGUUCUUGAAUUGCUUAGGGGCCGUUUGCCAACUUAUUAAUACAUGCAAGAAAUUGGUAAUUAAUUUUUUUUUUCUUUUAAUUAUUUAGUGUGCAUGUUGUAAUAAUAAUGGUACAUAAAUUUCAUUAAAAAGCAGGAGGCUAUGUCGGACUUUAGAGUAAAUGAUGCCGGCUUGCCAGAAAACAAAAUUCUUGAAUUGAAAGUUAUUAUUAUAUCUA